AAUAAGCGCCCCCAUAAGCACUUGACCCAUUCAAUUAAUUUAGUGCCCGGUUAAAUAAGCAACCUUGUAGGAAUAAAUCGUGUGAAGAAAAAAACAAUCAAGCACUAUGUCACUAUGUGGGACCUGCUAGCUCCACUCCAGUAUAUUAGUGAAACAAAUUGUCUAUGUUUAACAUAGUCAUCGUAAAAUAAAAAAGCCAUUUUCACUUUUUUGCCUAUUUUUCAUUUUCUGCCAAACCCCACCAACAACUGAAGUCAUAAGCAUCCAAAGAGAUGAAACUGUUCUGUCAACUGAACAUGAGUCUCAACCAGCAACUACAAGCUUAAUAAACACUCAGUUUCUGUUGGAGAUUGUUAAAUAAAACUAUGGCUUUUGAAGAUUGUUAUUAUGAUAAAAGGAAUCUUCAGAAAUCAGCUGGUAUAAAGAGUUUUCCUCUUUCUGGGACUAGUCUUGCAUCUUUGGAGUCUUUGUCACUGCCACUGGUGCAAGAGGUUGUUCUUUCAGCAGACAUGCAAUGUGAAACUUGCCAGAAGAGAGUUGCUGACAUUAUUACAAAAAUGAAUGAGACAGAGUCAAUUGUGGUGAAUGUAUUGGAAAAGAAGGUGAUACUUACAUUUAGAAUAUCAACAACAACAACUGUUGGUAAAGUAAUCUCAAAGAAAGUUACACCAUUAAACAGAACUCCUUCCCCUAAAGUUGCCAUUAUCAAACGGAUAUUCCGCUCAUCCCGUGGUUAAUUAGUAAUUUAUACACAGGUUAGAAAGUAACCACAUGUGCAUAAGAUUCGGUUAGAUUGAUUUGACAAUGUACAGCACACAGUCUUUGUAUUCAUUCAUCAUUGAACUUGUUUUUUGUUAUUGCUUUCUCAACAUGGAUGGAUAUUCACAAAUAGCAGAGAUGUAAGAAUUUUAUUGAAUUUUGUGUUUGAUUGUAAUUUGGUAACACAAUGCAUUAUCAGGUAGUAAAAUCAUUUUUCACACACCCACGAUACUCUGUAUAAAAAUUCAGUUGAAAACAUGAUUAAUUUAGUUCAUGUAUUGUGGCUAAUUCACGCUAUUGAACUAACCGUAAAUUAAAUUAUCCAUCUUUGAUCGUGGUUAACUAGAUGUCACCGAGAGUACAAAAAGUGGAAGUGGGGUGUUCAUUUAUCACUGUCAUUGAAAAUAAUCCACUUUGUUCUUUCUCCUCUGGAGGCUGCUUUUAUUAGACUUUGAGAAUAAGAAUAUGAAGCUUCAAAUUUCAAUGUUGCUUUGGGUAAGAGCAACGUAAAUCGUAGGUAUUCAACUAGUAUAAGUUGAAGCUUAAAACCCAUUUGCUUGCUUGGCUUUAAACGGGACCCUCGCAAGUGGGCGGUGGAAUUGGUCCCCUCGGAUUAAUCGAUUCUUGAUCGGAUAUCGAGUUUUUAAAAAAAAAAAAAAAAAA